GCGCGGCUCGGCGCCCCCGGCGCGGGAUGCGCGGGCGGGCAGGCGGCGGCGGCAGCAGCGGCUGCGGCAGCUCCGGGAGACGGAGGGACGGGGCUGGGUGGCCGGCGGCCGCCGCGCUCGCCUGACCUGCGUGCCCCACUGGUGUCGCCGGGCUGCCCCGAAGGAUGUCCGCCCAGUCCAAGGGAACCGCAUCCUCCUCCUCGUCGCCGUCCGAGGGGCCGCCGGCAGCCUCCAAAACCAAGGUGAAGGAGCAGAUCAAGAUCAUAGUGGAAGAUUUGGAAUUAGUCCUGGGGGACCUGAAAGACGUAGCCAAGGAACUUAAGGAGGUGGUUGACCAGAUUGACACACUGACGUCUGACCUGCAGCUGGAAGAUGAGAUGACAGACAGUUCCAAGACGGAUACACUGAACAGCAGUUCCAGCAGCACGACAGCUUCCAGCUUGGAGAAGGUCAAGGUGCGGGGCAGUGCACCACUCAUCAAGCCACCUGCACACCCCUCUGCUAUCCUCACUGUGCUGCGGAAGCCUAAUCCACCCCCGCCUCCACCACGACUGACACCUGUCAAGUGUGAUGAGCCCCCAAGGCUGCCUCCUUCGGCCAACACUGUCAAGACUAAUGGUACCCUCCUGCGAAAUGGGGGCUUGCCAGUUGGGCCUAACCGCAUCCCAAAUGGAGAUUUAUGUUGUAUACCGAACAGUAAUGUGGAGAAAGCUGCAAUGCAGCCUCUGAUGCACAGACCUGAGAAAGAGCAGUGUCCUCAGCCAGGAGCAAGGGAACGGGUACGAUUUAGCGAGAAAGUGCAGUACCAUGGCUAUUGUCCUGACUGUGAUGUUCGGUAUAACAUUAAAAACAGGGAGGUGCACUUGCAUGGGGAACCAGUCCGUGUUGUGGGAAAGCUGCCACAUCAGUGCCCUCCCCCGCCACCUCCGCCACCUCCACUGCCUCCAUUUCCUCUGGAAAAUGGAGGGCUGGGAAUAAGUCCCAGUAAUAGCUUUCCUCCUCCAAGACCUGCAACUGUGCCUCCACAAACUGCACCAAAACCCCAGAAGACCAUCCUGAGGAAAUCAACCACCACAACAGUGUGAUAUAUGCCACUUGAAACAACUCUUUGUUUUUUCCUAUAUAUAAACAUAAAUAAAUAACGAGCACUUUCUACUUGAGCAAUAAAAAGACCCAAUAUAUUACUCCCUGUGCCCAGUGAAGUGGCAUAAAAAUCACAUGCACCUUCAGGCUUGAAGGCAUAUCUGUAUCUGGAGGCACGUCAGAUAAUUUCUUGCAUAUCAGAAUUGUCAAUGUGACUUCUUGCAGGGAGGAUCUGAGAAGUAACCAGGAACCUGACCCUCCAUUAAGAAUGGAAAAGCCCCUCAAGUCAGAGCACAAAUGGUCAUGAGUGUAAUCUGCGUCGAAUCAUCUUUCUCAGAUCUGAAAACUACAAGCUGAGUCCUGGCAAAAGCCACAGCCUUAAAUUCCAUUUAGUGGGAAAGAAGAAUAAAAAGUACUAAAUGUCUCACCCUGUUGCAGAAACUGCUCUCUGCAAGCCUGACACUUGAGUUCUGCACUGAGCAAAGAGAGCAACAAUGAGUUUUUCAUGGAUCCAGCCAGCAUCCAAAAAUGUUUCAAUAUGUAGCCAAAAGGAAACACGAAGCACUUAUGUGAGCAGGAAAUUAAUGCAUUUACUGUAACAGAGUAAUGUUACUGUCUGUGGGGAAAGAAGAACUCUGUCAUCCCUUGUACAUAAAGCCAUACAGGGCAUCGGUGAUGUAAAAUUACUUAAAAGGAUGCUGUCUCCUGUCCUUCACCCAGCUUUGAAGAAGUUCAGCUAUUACAGAUUGCAUCUCAAUGCACUCCUAGUAUUUGCACUGUCACUUCCAUUCAGGGUAAUGUUGUGCGCCACCCUUUGCACAGAUGCCCCAGAUUUUUGACCACAACAGGCUAUAUUCUCCUGGGGCUUGAAAUGGAAUAAAAAAGUUAGAACUGAUGACAAAACAUUUGCUCUCUCUUUCACUAUGGGGAUCUCUUCACAGAAAGGACUAUGAUCCUUUCUUAGAUUUAAAUAAAUACAUACAUACACAUACAUAUAUAUGUAUAUAUAUAUGAAAAAGCAUCAACAUGAUAAGGUGUAUUUAAAAAGGGGAUACAAUCUUUUUUAAUAGCAUUCAUUUUUUUAAAUCAUAUUAGCAGCCAAGAAUUAUAGUCUAUUGAAUUAUACAUCCAAAAUGUUCCUAUUGAGCAUUGACAUUAUAGUCCCAGUUACUGUUAAAGAUGUCAUUUGUAAUAUGUAUUUGACAUUAAAAUUUUCUAGCCAUUUGUCUAUACUUCAUGGAGAAAUCUAACAGAGAAGUGACGUUUUCAGUUUAUUUUUCUAAAUAAAUGUAUUGUUUAUAUUAUUUGCAGUUACUCACUUUGGCUGGCUUUCAUUAUCUUCAAAAAUUAUUUAAAGACAGAACCAAAACACAGGAAUUGUUUGUUAGUGUUAGGCUGUAAUGAUUUGCUGACUGAAAGCUUUAAUAUAAAUACUGUAAUUUGUAAUGACGAAGUAUAUUUAUAUAGGCAAAAAUGUAUGGAAAACCAGAGGAGGUAUUUUAACUCUUAAUUUCGGAACAUAGUUUAUUUUAAUAUCCACAGAAAGAAAUCUAAGUAUAUAAUGUGCUAGGUUUUUUAUUAUGAGUGAGUUUUAGCAAGUAAAGAUUUGGAUAUUUAAUAACAAAAAUAAUGUAGUCUAAUAAUGGUAGUUUUCCAAAUUACACAGAGACUUUCUGUCACCUCUCUCAUUUUAUUCAAAAACUGGUUUAGCUUUCUAGGGUUUGGGUUUUUUUGGGGGUGUGUCUGUGCGUAUCUUACAGGUGUUUGUUUGUUUCUUGGUUGUUUCAGCAUAUUGACAAGGCCAUGAAGGUGGUACUAUCUGAUCACAAACAAUUUGAGAAGAUACAGAAUAAGAGCUUGUUCCUCAAAACAAUCUACAGUUCACAGUUAAGAACAGUCAUUAUUAUUCAUCUACUGCAGUAUUUUGUUAUCAAGUUAUCAAACAUUUCAAUGCUAGAGCUGUUUUGAAUAAAAAUAUAUUUUUUCCUUAGUCCUUUAGCCUGUGUGUAAUUUGAAAAGUAAAGCAUGUGAUUCCCAGAUCACUUAAAACAUUCAUCUUAAAUUCACUCAUAUGUAUCUGAUUUAUAGCUCAAAAUACAUAUUGCUUUAUUUUUCAUUGCUUUAUGGAACCUAUUAAGUGCUCACUAACAGAAGAAUGAUGUUUCAACAACAACAAAUCCUGGAAAAUUCAAGACUUUUUAAAUCUGUGGGUUACCUUUGUAAAGAGUUAACUUUGUAAAGAGCAAGUGUCUUCAAGAUGUGUUGCUCUGCUCUAAUGUACGAACUAAUCUAUGUGUAUGUUCGUGUGUAUGCACGAAUGUGCACUGUUACUUGCUGAUGAAUGAAAUGCCAGCCCUGCUGAAGUAAGUGCCACAAAUCCUGUUACUGCAAAGGAUGCUCAUGUUAACGUACUUUUGGGAAAAAAGACUUGAGCUCUGUCUUUGCUUGUGACUCUGAAGCCAUAAAUAGCUUUCACAGUUUGUCUGGAACCCAUAAAAUGAAUUAAGUGGAUGUUGGCAAAACUUGGAAUCAUGUAUGCUGUAGUUUGGCUUUUUUAAAAUGGUGUAAUGGAUAAAUGGAAUCUUUGUAUUUGUUAAAGAGCAACAGUUGUGGAUUUUUUUUCCCCACCACAUUUUAGGUUAUGGUUGGCUUGCAGUUUUCUAACUGUAAUUAUGUUUCUGUGUCAUUAGAAUAAUGUAUUUGGAGACACAACUUGCAUGUGCUUGGUUUUGCCCCCUUAUUGGAUAUUCUGUAUUUUAAAAUUGGAGAACUUACUCUUUGAGACUAAUAUUCAGAUUCCUUUAAAGAAGAGACAACUUCAUCAAAACAAUAAGAAAAUUUCAGAAUGAUAAUUUGAGCACUUCCAUUAUUAUCUAAUUAUAAUUGGAAAGCUUUGUGUAUGUGUAUGUG